AUGGCAACUUGUGUUCCUCCGCCUUUUACGCCAUCUGGUACUCAAAUUUCAGUGGGACGAAGGAUUUCAACAGAAAACCGAUUUGGUAGAAUAAUUGCACUCAAGAGGUUUGACAAGAAGAAUGCUUCAUGGGGCGCUUGUGAAAGAAAUCUCUUCAGUAUUCCGCAAGUUAGGUGUUCGGUUAACUCUCACAAUAUCAGCCCAAAUCACAGCAAAGACUCUUUCCUGGAUUUACACCCUGAAGUUUCGAUGCUCAGAAGUGAUGCGAAUGCAUACUCUAGUCUUAGAAAGGAGAAAUCUGGAGGAAGCGUCACUGAGAGCUCAGGGGAUUCCUCUUUUAUGAGCAACCACAAUGAAGCCAGGAUCAAGGUUAUUGGUGUCGGAGGUGGUGGGUCUAACGCUGUUAACAGAAUGAUUGAGAGUUCUCUGACAGGGGUGGAGUUUUGGAUAGUGAAUACAGACAUUCAGGCAAUGAAGAUGUCACCAGUGCUCCCAGAGAACCGUUUGCAAGUUGGCAAAGAGCUAACUAGAGGUCUGGGUGCUGGUGGAAACCCAGAUGUAGGGAUGAACGCUGCCACUGAAAGCAAAACAGUAAUAGAGGAGGCACUUUAUGGUGCAGACAUGGUCUUCAUAACAGCUGGAAUGGGUGGAGGAACUGGCACUGGUGGGGCACCAGUGAUUGCUGGUGUUGCAAAGUCCAUGGGAAUAUUGACUGUUGGCAUUGUUACAACACCAUUCUCCUUUGAGGGCCGAAGACGUGCUGUUCAAGCUCAGGAAGGAAUUGCUGCUCUGAGAAACAAUGUUGACACAUUAAUUGUUAUUCCUAAUGACAAGUUGCUGACUGCAGUUUCUCAAUCAACCCCAGUGACAGAGGCAUUUAACUUGGCUGAUGAUAUACUUCGACAAGGUGUUCGUGGAAUCUCUGACAUCAUUACGGUGCCAGGACUGGUUAAUGUAGAUUUUGCUGAUGUUCGAGCUAUUAUGAAAGAUGCAGGUUCUUCUCUUUUGGGAAUAGGAACUGCAACCGGGAAGACGAGGGCAAGAGACGCUGCAUUGAACGCCAUCCAAUCACCUUUGUUAGAUAUUGGAAUUGAAAGAGCCACUGGGAUUGUGUGGAAUAUAACUGGUGGAACCGAUCUAACUUUGUUUGAGGUGAAUGCUGCAGCAGAGGUUAUAUAUGACCUUGUGGAUCCAACUGCAAACCUAAUAUUUGGAGCAGUGAUCGAUCCAUCACUAACUGGUCAAGUUAGCAUAACCCUGAUUGCCACUGGAUUCAAUCGUCGCGAGGAAGUCGAAGCGAAGGGAACUCAGCGUGCUCAUGGUGAUGUUUCUCUUGGAACAAAUAGACGUCCAUCUUAUGCUGACGGUGGCUCUGUGGAGAUUCCUGAGUUUUUGAGGAAGAAAGGCCGCUCUCUCUUCCCUCGAAUCUGA